CCGGAUCUCUGUGGAGCCUCCGACGCGCCGGCUUUGAGCAUCCCUGGCCAGCCAGGCGGGAGGUCCCGGAGCUGUGGCUCCGGCGGCAGCGGCUCGUCCCGCCCUCGACAUGGCCAGCAUCGGAGAGGACACAUCCAACGACGGUGAUGCACCCCCUGCAGCAGCCGCGGUGGCAGAUGGUGCCCACCUCCUGGGCUUCUCUGAUGAGAUCCUCCUGCACAUCCUGAGCCACGUCCCCAGCAUAGACUUGAUUCUGAACGUCCGGCGCACCUGCCGGAAGCUCGCAGCGCUGUGCCUGGACAAGAGCCUCACCCACACGGUGCUGCUGCAGAAGGACUAUGAGGCCAGCGAGGACAAGGUGAAGCAGCUGGUGACGGAGAUCGGCUGGGAGAUCCAGCAGCUCAGCAUGGCCGGCUGCUACUGGCUGUCGGGCAGCACGGUGGAGCACGUGGCCCGCUGCCGCGGCCUGGUGAAGGUGAACCUCUCGGGCUGCCACCUGACCUCCCUGCGCCUCUCCAAGGUUCUGUCGGCCCUGCAGUGCCUGCGCUCCCUGGCCAUCGACGUGAGCCCCGGCUUCGACGCCAGCCAGCUGAGCGGUGAGUGCAAGGCCACGCUGAGCCGUGUGCGGGAGCUCAAGCAGACGCUGUACACGCCCUCGUACGGCGUGGUGCCCUGCUGCACCAGCCUCGAGAAGCUGCUGCUGUACUUCGAGAUCCUGGACCGCACGCGCGAGGGCGCCGUGCUCUCGGGCCAGCUGAUGGUGGGCCAGAGCAACGUGCCGCGCUACCAGCACCUGCGCGUCUUCUACGCCCGCCUGGCCCCCGGCUACAUCAACCAGGAGGUGGUGCGCCUUUACCUGGCUGUGCUCAGCGACCGCACGCCCGAGAACCUGCACGCCUUCCUCAUCUCCGUGCCCGGCAGCUUUGCCGAGAGUGGGGCCACCAAGAACCUCCUGGAGUCCAUGGCCCGCAACGUGGCGCUGGACGCGCUGCAGCUGCCCAAGUCCUGGCUCAACGGCUCGGCCCUCCUCCAGCACAUGAAGUUCAGCAGCCCCUUCUACUUCAGCUUCAGCCGCUGUGCCCUGUCCGGCGGCCACCUGAUCCGGCGCGUCAUUGACGGCGGCAGGGACCUCCGGAGCCUGGCCGGCCUGAACCUCAGCGGCUGUGCGCACUGCCUGGCACCCGACUCCCUGCUGCGCAAGGCGGAGGACGACAUCGACAGUGGCAUCCUGGAGACGCUGGUGGCGGCCUGCGGCAACCUGCGGCACCUCAACCUCUCGGCUGCCCACCAUCACAGCCCCGAGGGCCCCGGCCGGCACCUGUGCCAGCUGCUGGCCCGGCUCUGCCACCUGCGCUCCCUGUCGCUGCCCGUCUGCGCCGUCGCUGACUCGGCGCCGCGGGCCGACCGCGCGCCUGUCCAGCCCGCCACACACGCCGUGCCCCGCGGCUUCGGCAAGAAGGUCCGCAUCGGCGUGCCGUCUGGCCCCGACCCUUUCUCUGGGCAGGCGGGCCCCCCGCCGUCCUCUGUGUUCUGGUCGCUGCUGAAGAGCGUGCCCUUCCUGGACCGCCUCGAGCUGAUCGGGUCCAACUUCUCGUCUGCCAUGCCGCGCAACGAGCCAGCCAUCCGCAACUCGCUCCCCCCCUGCGGCCGGGCGCAGAGCGUGGGGGACUUGGAGGUGGCCGCCAUCGGCCAGCUGGCCUUCCUGAGGCACCUGACGCUGGCCCAGCUGCCCAGCAUCCUGACAGGCUCCGGGCUGGUCAGCAUCGGCCUCCACUGCCAGCAGCUCCAGUCCCUCUCCCUGGCCCACCUGGGCACGAUGGGCAAGGUGGCCUACACGUCGGCCCUCUCGGACAUGCUGAAGCACUGCAGGCGGCUCAAGGACCUCAGGCUGGAGCAGCCCUACUUCAGCGCCAACGCCCAGUUCUUCCAGGCGCUGAGCCAGUGCUCCGCGUUGCAGCGCCUGUGCCUGGUGUCCCGCAGUGGCACCCUGCAGCCCGAGGCCGUGCUGGCCUUCAUGGCGCGCUGCCUGCACGUGGUCGUGUGCCACCUGUUCACUGGCGAGUCGCUCAGCACGUGCCGGAGCCUGCAGCAGUCCCUCGUCCGCAGUUUCCAGGCCGAGCGGCCCGCGCUGAAUGUCGUCAUCUUCCCCCUGCUCCACGAGGGUCUGACCGAUGUCAUCCGCGACGUCCCCAUGGUGCACCUGGACGAGGUCACCUUAUUUAAGAGCAGAGUGGCCGAGGAGCCGCCAAACCUGUGGUGGUGACACGCCGCCCGUGGCCGCUGCGUCUCCGUGGCCGAGGAAGCAGGACUGCCCCGGACGGGUGUGUGGCUUCCGGCCUGGGCCACGGCCGCCGCAGCUGCUCCCCUGCCCGAGGACCCCGGAUGCCCGGUGGGUCACCGGAGGAAGGAAGCCCCCUCCCCAGCCCUUAGGGGCCUCCUCUUGUGAGGAAUCUGUGUUCAGUGACGCUCUGGCUGCGAUGCGUGAGGCAGCGGCGGCAGGGCCGGCUGUCGGGCGACCUGCGGGCCUGGCCGGCGUGGUCUUGGGCUGAGACUCCUUGGGGGCCAGGUCCCCGGAGCGCCACAUGGCCCCACGGCUGCCCCCCAGCCCCCAGGAGAGGCCCUGUGCUCCUGGCCGCCUGCCUCGGGCUCUGUGGGGGGGCGGCUGUGAGCCCGAGGCAGGGAGGAGCUCGCAGGUGCUGUGGCAGACUUGGGGCUCGCCCCUCCUUGCACUUAACCCAGUUCCACCUCUGGUCUGCGUCCAGCCACAUGACAGCAGACAGGUUAGGGCCAGGAGCGGGUUGCUGGGCAGGGAAUCUGCAGGUCCCUGUGAAGGUCUGUGUUUCUGGGGCAACACGGAUAGACCUGCUUCAUUAGAAAACCUUGAAAUAUUAAAACCCAGAAGGGAUGUGUGGGGCCGGAGGAGUGAUCACAUUACCCCGUUUCAGAUAGCUCUAUUUAGCACUUUAAAAAAAUGCAACGCAGCUAUUCCCCAAACGAGGGUUGUCCUCCCAGCGUCCUGGGCCUCCCGCCACGUGCCGCCCUGUGCUUCUGCCUUGUCAGCCGCGAGACUACCCCCAGAGCCGUCAUGCCUGCGGCUGGGGGUCUUCUGAGGGACCCCGAUUGGGUUCCCUCCACCCAGCGUCUUGCCCCAACGCUCCCGGUGACGGUCCUGGAGAAUUCCAGGGAAGGCUGGGCGGCGUCGGGGCAGCUUCCGGCCGGGGGCACCUGGGUCUCCGCAGAGGCUGCCUCCCCAGGACCCCAGGGGCUGGGCCCAUCUCGCCCCGGCCUCCCUCUCCCUCUGGGCUGGGGGUGCAGGUUCCCCAGGCCCUCCUCACCGCUGCGGCCCGUCUCGGCUGCCGUCCGCUCUGUGGCCCCCAGCGCAGCCCGCUUCCCACUCUGUUCCGUGUGAUGGUCGCCCCCGUGUCGUGUAGCGUGUCCUGUAGUUUGCCUGUUGCAGGGUCCGGUACCUGGACCCCGGGCCUGUGUUCGCCUGCCCUUCCCUGGGUUCUCAAGGGGCAGACAGUUCAGCAGCCCCCGCCCUGCCAGGCCGAGGGGGUCCAGGAGGCCUUCCGAUGGUGGAAGCGCUCGGAGGGCCAGGGUCUCGGGACGCACACAGGCCCCCGAGUGCUCCGGUCGAUUCUUCCUAAGAGCAGUCUGCCUGGCGGCCUCCGCCCGUCCCCACGGCCCUGGCCCUGCUCUCACCUCCCGCAGCACUGGGUGGAGCUGGGGCUCUCCCCCUGCGCUGUGGUUUUCUCGCCGAGGGUGCAGUUGUCUCCUGUCUGGAGCAUGGGGUGCCCUCCUCCCUCCCCAUCCUCCGCUGGCGGCUCUUUGCCUCCUGCCCAGAGGGCCCUGUCUGCCGGCUGCCCCCAGAUGGGACCCCCACCAGACCAGCAGCCCUCGCCUCCACAGUCCUGACCUGGCCUGAGAGUCACAACCGGGCCCGCUCCUCUGGCCAUGCAGGCCGCAGGCUAGGCUGCCCUGGGCCCUGGAGAGACAGGGCCAAGGCCCUCGUUAGGGCCACACGCUGUAGAUGAGGGUCUGAGAGGCGGUGGGAGUCCCCCACCUCAUUUCUGGGCAUGUCUUUCAGUUGCGCCUUGAGACCACCGGGAGGGCGAUCAGGAAGGUGACGUGGGGACCAACUGCUCGCCGCCCUCACAGCAAGAGCGUGGCCAGCUACAACCCGACCGGCAGGGGGACGCAGCCCAGGGUGGGGGCAGGUGGUCUGGCCGACUCUGGGACCCCUGGGGCCCUGGGUGCACAUUUCCUUUCGUCCAGAGCAGCCCGGGCUCAGGCCAGAGGAUGAUCGUUCCACUAAGAAUUUGUCCACAGGCUGCCAUGGUUUUCGUGCUCUGGCCCGGAUGGCCUGUCCUCGUUAGCAAGCAGUGUCAUUUAUGCCAGCAAACAGGGCUGGGAGGGGCCGUUCACGGAGGCUGGGGCACGCGCUGACUUGGAAAGCAGCCCCCAAACAGGAGGCCUUGUAUUUGUAGUGUCCCCUCAACCAUCCUUUCCUUAGAGCAAGAAUUUCCGCGGCUUCUCCACCCAAGACAGGCUUCACCAGAUGUUAAUAACGCGCUCAUUCUCGCUAAGUGCUAUUUUGGCACCGGUGUUAAUUGCAAUUUAUAUUCUGCAGCAUUUUAUGCUGGGAAAAGAACCCACCCUAAUGGUCCCCAAUUGGCAGAACUGGGCUGUUAAGUGACGGACCAUAUGCUGCCUGCUGAGGGGGGCCUGGUCAGCACUGGCGCCUGCGUGUGUGUGUACGUGUGUGCGUGUGCAUGGUGCGUGCAUGGACGUCUGUGCGCCUACACGUGUGAGGUAGUCUGCUGUGGACGGGCUCUUAUUCCUGGUGUGCACGCUGUGUGUGUGCACGCUGUGUGCGUGAGGCAGACACUGGGGGAGGUGGGAAUGAGGGAGGAGGGGAUCACGGAGAUCUCUCUGUUAAAAAGAGAAACCCCCGGCCUCCUGAGGCCGCCCCCCUGCCUGUGGCCCCUCCUCACCCCUAGACCCCUCGGCCCUGCCUGCUCCCAGGGCUGUGGCUUUGCCGCUGCAGCAUCAGGCAGCCUAGCUGGCCGGGCCUGAAGGUGCUCCCCUAGGGAGGCUUCUUGAGCUUGAGGAGAGUAGAGACCCGCAGGCCCCCUUCCGUGCUGUCGGUGGCUUUUCUCUUUGUCACGUGCGAGUAUUUUUAUUUCCGAGCUGAGGGGGCUGGAUUAAAGGCACUUCACUCUCAUACAACAAGGGGACGGAUUUCAUCCCCACCUGUCAGCUGCCCGUCCGAGGACCCAAGGAGACAGGUCCGAGGGUCCCUCCUCCGCAAAGCCCCUGAGGGCCUCUCCACUGAGGCCUGGGAUGCCGCCACCCCUCCUUGGGCAGGUCUGCAGGGCUGGGUGCUGAGGGUGACACUCCCUUAACCCCCUGAGCCAGGAUCCAGAGCUGCAGGCCGCUCGGCCCAGGGGGCAGAAGCUUGCCAGGGGCCAGGGCUGGGAAAGUUCUCCAGGGGGUCUGAAGCCAGCAAUCGCAGCCUUACUGCGUCAGUGGCCUCCCUGGGUGCACGGCCAGGAAGGCGGCGGGUCUCAGGCCCCCCUCUCCCCCACCUGGCCCCGCCUGGCAGGAAAGGGACCUGCCCUGAUGGGCCCACCCUUGCGUCCUCCUCUGAGUGGCACCGGGGCAGCCGGCAGCCUCCUGCUUCCUCUCGUUCUCACUGUUUGUUCCUUUAGGAUUUGAAAAUUGCUGAGACCUUGUGAGAAGCAGUAAGAGAAGUUCGUGGGUGAGGAAGAUGCAGCGCGGCCGUGGCAGCAGGCUCCCACGGCUUCAGUCCCAAAACCCGAGGUGAGGGGGACGUGGACGCUGACACCUGUGCUCCCUGUGGCCUCAGCCCCGGUCCCCCUCCCCCCCGGACGGGAGAGGGGCGGGUUGCGCUGAGGGGCUCAGGGACGGUCGCCGGUCUGGUCUGCAUCGAGGGCGCAGGGUUCCACUGGGCAUGAUGAACAGACACCCACAGGAAUUCAAACAAACUGGGGGUCCGACACAGGCCAACCAACAUCGUCUAAACCACUUUCUAAAGCUCUUUCAAAAGCCAGUGAAGUGUGAGGUUUUGCCUUGAGGUCACAGGGUCAGGGCUCCCACUGCACCGGACACCAAGCCGGCCAGCCCCAGAGGCCUCCCCGCUGCGCCCACUGCGCUGGCGGGGGGUACGAGAGGUGAGGGUGCUUUUGCACAUGUGGCCGUGGGCACGUGGCACCCUGCAGCCACCAGCGGCGCUCAGCCCCGGGACCACUGCCCUCUGACCAUCGCCCAUCUGCCUGCCCCUCUGACUGGACAGUCUUGCUCAGCACGUUACCAAUGGUAAGAGGGGUGAGGUGAGUUGCCAGGGUUUGUCACGGCAUGUGCGUGACCAGGUGCUACACGGCCGCAUACACGUCACCUGCCUUUUGAUGACCGCCCUCCUUGUCCUCCGGUGAGGCCACUCCUGAAUUUCGCGUUCCAGCUACAUUUUGAAUGGGUAUUUUCAUGUAAAUCUGUGGCAUGUGAAAAGUUUCAAAUAAA